AUGAAAUACCACACUGAGAUGCCUCCAUGUACAGCUGCCCAUACCAGUGGCUUGACCAAAACAAAUGUGAUUCAGAAGGAUCUCAAGGCUGUGCUCAACAUGAGCAGUCUGGUGGUCUCGGUGCACGGGGGUCAGUCUGUUUUGCAUGAGGCAAUACCUGCAAUCCAAUCACAGGUAGUCCGGAUCCUAAAGGAUGGCAUGUCCAUAUGUGCCAUCGUAAAGGAGGUUUGGGGAGUCUCCCAGAACAUUGAGGAGAUACCGGUAGAUAGGCCAUUAAAAAUGGAGAGCUGCGCAGGGCCACAGAAGGACAUCAACGUAGGCGCAGGACAAAUAAACACAUCUGAGCUGCGAAAUGUUUAUAAAGACACAAAAUUCAGUUCUGACUUCUUCCUUCCUGUGUGUACCUCUCUGUGUGUUUCAGGUGUACUGGGUAUAGAGUGUUGGGGUGUGACUUAUACUCCUGAACAUGUGUGUGCUCUGAAAAACACAUCAAUUGAUCUUUCCUGCUCUUAUAAAUAUCCUGCAGGCCUCACAGUGAUAAAAUCAGUAUGGUUCAUUAAAUGGCAGGGUGGUGCUGACCCUGAGGAUGUGAGAGAGGAUGAGGAGUAUCAGGGUCGAGUGCAGUACACACAGAGCUCCCAGAAUGACUGUAGUCUGAGAAUCACUAACCUGAGAGAGAGAGACGCUCAAACAUACAGGUUCAGAUUCUACACUAAAGAUCCUGCAGGAAAAUACACCGGAGAACCUGGAGUCACUCUGUCUGUCACAGGUCACACUAUUAUACAUUUAUUUAACUACAUUAAUACAGAUGAAGUAAAUGAAAGUAAUUCUGAACCUAAUUCAAUAUUUGCAGAUCUGAAGGUUACAGUAUCAAACAGGAAUGGCAACAAGAAGCUGAGCUGCAUCACCACCUGCUCUCUGUCUAAUAACCCCACUUACAUCUGGUACAAGAACGGACAGCGUGUUACUGACCAGGACAGAAAUGAACUGUAUGUCAGUAGUGGGAAUGCAGGCAGCUACUCCUGUGCUGUAAGAGGACAUGAGGAGCUUCGCUCUCCUGCUGUCUGUGUUUUUGAUGAGAAGCGCUGCUGGAGUGUGACUUAUUCCACUCAGACUGUCUGCUCUCUGAUUGGCUCAUCAGUGAACAUACACAGUUAUUACACCUUCCCUAAUAAUUACAAGGUUACAGAAGUGUUGUGGUUCAUUAAAGAAUAUGAGGAUGUGAGAGAGGAUGAGGAGUAUCAGGGUCGAGUGCAGUACACACAGAGCUCCCAGAAUGACUGUAGUCUGAGAAUCACUAACCUGAGAGAGAGAGACGCUCAAACAUACAGGUUCAGAUUCUACACUGAUCCUACAGGAAAAUACACCGGAGAACCUGGAGUCACUCUGUCUGUCACAGAUCUGAAGGUUACAGUAUCAGACUCGGGUAGUGGACAAAUCAAGCUGAACUGUAACACCACCUGCACUCUGUCUAACAACCCCACUUACAUCUGGUACAAGAACGGACAGCGUGUGUCUGAGUGUAAAUCUGCCUCCUGCUCUGUAGCUGCAGUCGGUGGUGUGGUCAGUUACAGCUGUGCUGUUGAAGGUCAUGACAGUCUCCUCUCUCCUCCAGUGUAUUCCCCUAAAAACACCAGAGCAGUGGUUCUUCCCUCUGGAGACACAGUGGAGGGAGAUUCAGUGACUCUGAGCUGUAGCAGUGAUGCAAACCCUCCUGUUCUCACCUACUCCUGGUUUAAGCAGAGUGCAGCUGCAGACACACUGCUGACAACAGGCCAGAAUUACAGCAUCAGCAACAUCAGCUCCCAGCACAGUGGACUGUACUACUGCACUGCUCACAACCAGCUGGGAAACCACACCUCUACACCAACAUUCCUGGAUGUGUUAUAUUCCCCUACAAACACCAGAGCAGUGGUUCUUCCCUCUGGAGACACAGUGGAGGGAGAUUCAGUGACUCUGAGCUGUAGCAGUGAUGCAAACCCUCCUGUUCUCAGCUACUCCUGGUUUAAGCAGAGUGCAGCUGCAGACACACUGCUGACAACAGGCCAGAAUUACAGCAUCAGCAACAUCAGCUCCCAGCACAGUGGACUGUACUACUGCACUGCUCACAACCAGCUGGGACACCACACCUCUACACCAACACACCUGGAUGUGUUAUAUUCCCCUACAAACACCAGAGCAGUGGUUCUUCCCUCUGGAGACACAGUGGAGGGAGAUUCAGUGACUCUGAGCUGUAGCAGUGAUGCAAACCCUCCUGUUCUCAGCUACUCCUGGUUUAAGCAGAGUGCAGCUGCAGACACACUGCUGACAACAGGCCAGAAUUACAGCAUCAGCAACAUCAGCUCCCAGCACAGUGGACUGUACUACUGCACUGCUCACAACCAGCUGGGACACCACACCUCUACACCAACACACCUGGAUGGGAAAGGAUUGUUGCUCCACAAAGUUAUUGUGGUCAAGGUCAUUCUGUCCACAGCUGCACCAAAGUUGAUGCAGUAUUAUCCAUCUUGA